AUGAAGGUAGACCUUGGAGAAACAUGGUACAAAGUUAGGAAGCUUAGGAGGUAAGAUUAAAUAAUUAACACAGCCCCAGAGAGUCACACAACAUUUGAGUAAAAAUUAUUUUUUUGCCUAUGAUUAAUUUGAUUAUUUCUGAAUUCCUUUGACCUGUGUAAACUAUGUAACAUUCUUAUUGAAUGUAAAAUAAUGUAGCAACAAUAAGUAAUAACAAAGUUAAUUUCCACCUAGUUUUAUACAUCAUAAUAAUAUUGUCCUGAAUUGUCUCCCUGCAGGUGGUUUGAUCAAUGGGGACUGUCCUCUGAAAGUGAAAAACAUCAGCAGAAGCAAGUUCAGUCCAUCACUGACCCUGCCAACUUGGUGUGUGAGAUGGUGCCUUUUGAGUUCAAAAAAGCAGGCUGCAAUCCUGAGAUCAAACAAGCAGAGUUUGGUUAUGUUCGUGACCUUAACCAAUUUGUACAACUUCAUUUGGAUGAAAAUGAAAAGUAUAAUUCUUUGACUUUUUAUACUGUUAUGAAUGUUACUGUAGCAGCAAUGUCAAUCAUUGUAAACGUAAAGUAGGCUUUUGGCACUGCCUCUUGCCAGAAUUAUCGCUUUUAAUUAAACAACAGACUCUUUAUUUACGCUUGACAUGGAAUAAUGCCAUCCCAGAACAGGAAGUCCACUUAAAACUUGGAGGUGAUGCUGGUGGUGGGUCCUUUAAAAUGGCUUUCAGACUGCCAACCUUUAACAUCCAAACUCAAAAACAAAUGCAGUGGUCUUUGCCAUGUUCCACGCCAAAGAUACAUGGACAAAUUUAAAAACAGCAUUAAUGAAAUACAGGGAGCAAGUAAACAUCCUAAAGGAAGCUACUUGGAGGUUGGUACAUAUACCGUAAAUGUACUAUAGAUUUCUUAUAAACCAUACAGGAUAAAACCUCCACACUGAGUGAGGUAUCCUGCUGAAAUUCUGCAAUUUUUCUUUUUACUUAUUUUUAGAGACAAAAAGAAAAACGUUUUCCUCUUCGGUGACUACGAGUUUUCAUGCAAGAUAUUUGGAACAGCUGAAGCCUCAGGUAAAUUUAAAUAAUAAUAAACACAUACAAAACAAAACAAAAAUAUUUGAUUUAUAUUAUUGAAUAAGAGUAGCACCUAAAUUAUCCUAAAUUGUAGCGUUAAUACACUCUCUAUGGAAGGAGUAUUCAUAAGUGUGAAUUCAUUUCUUGCAGGCAAGGAUCCAUGCCUCUGGUGUCUGAUAACAUAUGAGACGAUGCAACUCUCUUGCCAGGAUCCUCGUCAUGGGCACAUAGAAAAGAGAAAUGUUAAGAACAUUGAAGAAGAUUAUAACAAGUUUGUUGCAGAUGGGUGUGUCACCAGUUGA